AUGGCAGCUGCUUCAUCUCAAGAGGGCUUAGAAGAGGAGCUAACCUGCCCCAUCUGCCUCCAGAUUUUCAGCGAUCCAGUGAUACUGGGCUGUAAUCACAGCUUCUGUCGUGACUGCAUUGAGAAAACCUGGAAAGAGUUGAACUCAGAGAUUUACUCCUGCCCAGAAUGUGAAGCCGAAUUCCUGGAGAAGCCCUGUCUGGAGGACAAUGUGAAGCUAGCGAAUAUAGCUCAGAUAUACAGGAACCACGAUAUCUCCCUGGAUCCUCUACCCUGUAACUACUGCACUGAUGAUCCGCAGCCGGCUGUUAAAACCUGCCUCAAGUGCGAAGCCUCCAUGUGUCUGCAACACCUGAAACCUCACACCGAGAACCCCGUGUUUAAAAAUCACCCUCUUGUGGACGCAGCAGAAGACAUCGCCCUGUGGAAGUGCAACGAACAUAACAAGCUGCUGGAGAUUUACUGCAUGGAUGAUGAGGUCUGCAUCUGUACCUUCUGCACGGUGGUGGGGCAACACAAGAAGCACAACUGCACCAGCAUCGAUGAAGGAGAGAAGGAACUCAGGGCUCGUUUACAGCAGAGAAUGGAUAUGAUGCAGCAAAAUUUGGACGCUGCAAAGGUCUGCCUUAGUCAUUUUCAAGAUGAAAAGCAGAAAGCUGAGGACACGAUAAAAGACGUGAAAGGAAACAUCCGGGAGAAAUACGAUGGAUUGAGAAAGAUGAUUAGGAGAGAAGAGAAAGAUGCAUUUCAGUUCCUGGACCAGCAGGAGAGUCGGGUGACAGGAAGCAUCGACAACCAGCUCUCCAUGCUGGAAAGUAGAAUAGAAACCUUCAAGAUGUUUUUGAAUGACUUGACCAAACUCGCCGACGAGAAAGAAGAAGUUAUAUUUAUUCAGAGAUUGAGUGAAUGGUCCGAACCCUUCUCGUCUCCCCCGCCUCCACCUACCCUGGAGACCCCAAAGCUAGAGGAGCUGUCAAGGUGGAUACAGAGGCACUGCAUGGAGUGCUUGCAGAAGGAGAAGAACAGAAACCUAAUGAUUACAUUGUAUGGAUCCUCCCCGAUUCUGGAUCCCAACACGGCCUUUCCCAACCUCAUCCUGUCCGACAACAACAAGACAGUGCAGAGAACCGAGGAGAAGCAACUGUAUCCCGACAACCCAGACAGAUUUGACUUCUUCCCGCAGGUUCUGUGCAGCGAGGGAGUGAGCAUGGGCCGUUGUUACUGGGAGGUGCAGAUCAAAGGAGACGGGCGGUGGGGGCUGGGGGUCUGUUACAAGAGCCUGAACCGAAGGGGACGAGACAUCGCCUACUCCCUAGGCAUGAAUGAGAAGUCCUGGAGCAUCUACUCUUGGUCCCGAUCCCUGACAGGUUGGCACAACCGUAACGGAAUCAAACUGACUUCAGCACAACCCUCCAGAGUGGGGGUGUUUGUGGAUUUUGAGGCUGGAAUCAUCUCGUUUUACAACGUGUCAUGCAACAACCUGACCCUGUUACACACCUUCCAGCAGCAGACAUUCAUCGAACCUCUCUGUCCAACUCUGGGCAGCUAUGACAAUGACAUCUUGCUGUCUCUGUGUGAGCUGAACUGAUAGUUAUUUUUCAUUUGUAAAUACCUCUCCAUACUGUUCCACCAAGCAAACCCUUUAGCGCCUGUUUAUAGACCUCUCCAGCUCCUGGUUCUAUUUUUCUCGUUCCCCUCUCAUCCCGCGUUCUCUUCCUUCUUUGUGUCUUUCAUCAUCGCCUCUCGCUUCCUUUCCUCUCACCUUUCUCCCUCCCUCUUUCUGUCUCUCAAAGGCCCACCCGUCCACCUCCACCCCAGCCCUCCUCUCAAACCACUUCCUGUUGUCCUCCCUGCCAUCACUGGAAACAAAAGUAAGAUGUGUUUGGAAAAAGGAACAACCCAUUCUUCUCGGAAACCGAUCAGGGGAAGAAGAGUCUCGCACAGAACAAAGUGCUUGUUACCCUGAGCGGAACAAUAAUAUUUUGGGAUACAGCAUAUAGUUUUAUAGUCACAUGUACCUGUGACUGCCAGGAUGGUGGAAGGUGAACUGGAUACUCUGAAGUAACUGGGUUUCACCGUGUAUGGUAAAGAUUGCCUUUGAUCGCACCCUCAGUUCCUCGAGUGAUU